AUGAAAUUCGCACUGGAACUUAUAAGCAUCUCUUCCACCCUGAACAGAUGAUCACUGGAAAAGAAGAUGCUGCAAAUAAUUAUGCACGUGGACAUUACACUGUUGGAAAGGAAAUUAUCGAUCUCGUGUUGGACCGAACGCGUCGUCUUGCUGACAAUUGCUCUGGACUGCAGGGCUUCCUGAUUUUCCACUCAUUUGGAGGAGGUACUGGUUCUGGAUUCACUUCUUUGCUAAUGGAACGUCUUUCUGUUGAUUAUGGGAAGAAAAGCAAGCUCGAAUUCUCAAUCUAUCCAGCACCUCAAGUUUCCACCGCAGUAGUUGAGCCAUACAAUUCAAUUCUCACUACUCACACCACCCUUGAGCAUUCUGACUGCGCCUUCAUGGUUGAUAAUGAAGCCAUCUAUGAUAUCUGUCGUCGCAAUCUCGAUGUUGAGAGACCUAGCUACACAAACCUUAACAGAAUCAUCUCCCAGGUUGUAUCGUCGAUCACGGCGUCACUCCGUUUCGAAGGUGCUCUGAAUGUUGAUCUCACUGAAUUCCAAACAAAUCUCGUUCCAUAUCCUCGCAUUCACUUCCCUCUUGCUACGUACUCUCCUCUUAUCUCUGCAGAAAAGGCCUACCAUGAAGCACUAUCUGUGAGUGACAUCACAAACAUGUGCUUCGAGCCUGCCAAUCAAAUGGUCAAAUGUGAUCCUCGCAAUGGAAAGUACAUGGCCGUUGGAAUCAACUACCAGCCUCCUACCGUUGUUCCCGGUGGUGACAUCGCCAAGGUACCUCGUGCUGUAUGCAUGUUGUCGAACACGACUGCUAUAGCUGAAGCAUGGGCUCGUCUUGAUCACAAAUUUGACUUGAUGUACGCCAAACGCGCAUUUGUCCACUGGUAUGUCGGUGAGGGUAUGGAAGAAGGAGAGUUCAGUGAGGCACGCGAGGACCUUGCAGCCCUCGAAAAAGAUUAUGAAGAGGAUUUCCCAGCAACAAUGUUGAUCCGUGAACCUCUAUGUAUUUUUGUAGUAAGUUUCGAACUAUAUAGGCAUAUUGAUGGGAUGUCAGAUGGCGUGAACUCCGUUGUUAGCAUAUCAACAAUCAGUGAUAAUGGUAAUUGAAG